UCUUACACAGAUAGCUGUACUACAAUUGGUGACAGCAGCAAGGAGAUUUCGGCUUUAGAAACUGAGGGACGUCAAUGGAUUAUAUAUACAGCGUGCUUUGUCAUUGCCUAUUUUUAGUUGGCCAUCAAAUAUGCGCGAAUUUUAGGCUUAAAGCGGAAAUCGGGUGCUCUGUCUUAUUACUGUGGCUGCAACUGGCUUCUGCAAAAAACUCGCCGGUUCAUCACAGUCCCCCACCUGCUGCUCCCGAUAUGGUUCCAAACUGCACUGCUGACGGCAUCGCGUUAACGAAUUGUACGAAACUUCCUAAUACUGACUGUUAUCAAUUAAAAUUUGGUGAACUACCAAUUUUUACAUGUUUGUGUAGGAAAGGCUAUGCGAGAGAUCUUGGUGGUGUAGGCUGCCGAAAGAUGUAUGACCCAAAAUGCGAUCCUAGAACGGUUCGGGAUGGUUGCUUAGCUCCGCCUCCUAAAACAGAUAAUGAAAGCUUUCCUCGGAGUAAAUUAAACAAGAUCGUUGCUGGUGCCUGCCUAAGCUUAUCUCUUCUACUGGUGACCAGUUUUAUUCUGGGGAUAUAGAAGAAGGAAAAAAGAAGACAAGAAGAGUGCGAUCAAUUUCCCAAAGGCGGAUCUCUGCAUCGGCUACCCUUACAUCCUUGGCUGCGUGCAGCCUAUAGUCUGUAAUGUAAUGUGAUGUUGAUGUUGAUGUUAACGUAAUGUAAUGUUGAUGUUAAGCGUACAACUUACUGUUAAGUGCAUAUUUACUGGAAGUGCGUAUUUUUUUAUUCUUUGUUUUGGUAAAGGGGGUAAACUUGUUCACAGUUUCCACGCGGAUGUAGAAGCUGCUUGUUUGUAGACCCUUUCAUUUUUCUAGCAAUUCGCGUUAACACCAACAUGUGUUACGGUCAAGGGUUCCACACAUGAGCGCGGACAUGUGUGUACCAAUAUAAGUGUACUCUAUGAUGGUCCUUGAGCCGGGUGGUUAUAUUGUAUCAUCGUCAUAAAGUUUGUAAAGAGCCUUUUAG